AGUCGGGGUGAAGCAGGGAACUGAGAGGACGCGUUUUCUCUUCCUCCUCCUCCACUUUUCCGGGCUCGGGUUGAGCGCAGCCGGCCAUGGCCAUGGAUACGAGCGGCAAGGAGAAGGAGGCGCUGCAGCUGCUUGCCGAGGCCGACAAGAAAGUGCGGGGCUCCCAGGGCUUCUUCUCGGGCCUUUUCGGGGGCGGCUCCUCCAGGGUGGAAGAGGCGUGCGACAUCUACGCGAGAGCAGCCAACAUGUUCAAAAUGGCUAAGAACUGGAGCGCCGCGGGGAACGCUUUCUGCCAGGCCGCUCAGCUACAUAUCCAGUUGCAGAACAAGCAUGAUGCGGCCACCAGCUUUGUGGACGCCGGCAACGCUUUCAAGAAGGCUGAUCCGCAAGAGGCCAUUAACUGUCUGCUCAGAGCGAUUGAGAUCUACACAGACAUGGGCCGUUUCACCAUUGCAGCCAAGCAUCACAUAACGAUAGCGGAGAUCUACGAGAUGGAGCUGGUGGAUAUCGAAAAGGCGAUAGCCCAUUACGAGCAAGCUGCGGAUUAUUAUAAAGGCGAAGAAUCAAACAGCUCCGCUAACAAGUGUUUGCUGAAAGUGGCCACCUACGCCGCUCAGCUGGAGCAGUACCAGAAGGCCAUCGAGAUCUACGAACAGGUGGGCACCAGUGCGAUGGACAGCCCCCUCCUGAAGUACAGUGCCAAGGAGUACUUCUUCAAGGCUGCCCUGUGCCACUUCUGCAUCGACAUGCUCAACGCCAAGCUGGCUGUACAGAAAUACGAAGAAAUGUUCCCGGCUUUCUCAGACUCCAGGGAGUGCAAACUGGUUAAAAAACUGCUGGACGCUCACGAAGAACAGAAUAUCGACAGCUACACUGAAUCGGUCAAGGAAUACGACUCGAUCUCCCGCCUGGACCAGUGGCUCACCACCAUGCUCCUGCGCAUCAAGAAGACCAUACAGGGCGAAGAGGAGGACCUGCGUUAAGGCGGCGGCCAUCCCCCGCGACCCGCUGCUCCUUCUCUGCGGGACUUCCGCGUGGAUCAGCGGUGGGGGAGAGAGGGGGGGGGGUCUUAGCACCAGGAACUGGACUCCGAUGGCAAAUCGUUUAUUUAAUCCCGUUCUCAUCAGCUCCCCCCCCCUCUCCCUGCCACGGUCUCUUCGUACGGCAGAAACAGGACCAGAGAGAGAGCGCAGUGCCUGCGGACUGGCUCCAGCGGGAGAGAAACGCAAGCCCCGUAGUAGGAAGUUCCUUCCCCCUUGUCGUUGCCUCGCCGUGCUUCCCUUACCAGACCCGAGAGUCUCUCUCUUCCUCAGCCAGCCUGAAUUUUCUUCCCUUUCCAGGUUUCUCUUCCCGAGCCAGCCUGGGUUCCUUUCUGUGGGGGGCUUAAAAUAAACUUCCGCAGUUCAAUAUUUAUAGUCUUUCCAGCAGUCCCAGCUGGCGGCACGGCCUUCUUUUUUCCCUUUUCGCCUAGAUAACCCGUUUGGAGAGUCGCCCAAUAGAAUGGGAAUAGAAUGCACCCCCUAAUUGCAGAGGAGACCACCGUUGCUUCAUCUCCCGCUCCUCUGACCCCACCCCCGAGCUUCCAAAACAGUUCUGGCCUGCCUCCCUGAAGUAGGUUUUCGUACAGGGUGGGUGACCUUGUCUCUCCCCGCUUCAAGCUUCUGGGUAACGUCCUCUCCUUGGGUGCGGCCGCUUUGCGUCCCUUAGGUCAGCGCCGAGCUCACCCUCUGUGGCCGCAGCUUCCCGUCGAGCCCUGGCUUGCGUGGCGGCUCCCCCCGUUUCCCAAAUAAGGUCUGAGAAAUUGCAGCGCCUCAACGUGACUUGCACCCUGCGCAGACCAGCUCGGCUUUUCCUAGGGGACAAGGUUCUCUUGGCCCCCGGCAUUCCAGACGGUAAAUUUCUCCUUCCAAGCUCUUCCCCUUACUAUACGGGCGGGCAGCUUAUAAAAUACGCGGUGGCGCACAGCAUCCUCGUCGCUAGUCCCUGGACCGAGCAAGAUGACGGUUCCACUCCCUGAAGGGCAGUGAGCAGCUAGCUCAGUGGUCACCAAAAUCCCCUCCACGCUAGUGACACUCUGCAUCAGCUGUUUUGAGAGCUGCCAUUUUGCCCUGCCUCUCCACUCCGGGCUUAGUUUAAGAGGGAGCGUUCCUCUCGCCGAGUAUUUAUUCCGCGUUUGGUACUCAUCGCCGGGGCUUUUUUUAUAGCAGGAGCUCCUUUGCCUAUUGGGUCACACCCACCCCCUGAUGUAGCCAGUCCUCCAAGAGGUUACAGGGCUCCUAACAGGGCCUCUUGUAAGCUCCAGGAGGAUUGGCUACCUCAGUGGGGUGUGGCCUAAUAGGCAAAGGAGUUCCCGCUACAAAAAAAAAAGGCCCUGCUCGUUGCCAUAAUAAGCUCUGUCCUUCCUUGCCCCCCCUCCCACCUUGCGUUUGACUUCCCUAAAAAAAAAAAGGUAUCAUGUAGCCGGGGGUAAAAAGGGGUCGGAUCUUCAGGAUUACUCACCCCUCGGUAAUUCUCAGACUCACCUUUCCGUUCUCGAAAGGGGGGAAGCGGGAGGGCUUCGGAAGCGGCCUGCAUGCGUCUAACCUCCACCCGCAACAGACUUUCGCUGAUCCUAGUGAACAACCCGGCACACAGCAACAGAACAGUAACUUUAGAAACAAUACACUUUGCAUGGGUGGGAAAAAGAAACCACAAUAACGUCUUGACGGUAGCCUCUCUCCAGCUUAAGUUCCUGCUGCUUUUCCUGGGCUUCAAAACGACGUGCAUGUCUUCAAAAUGUACCUUUGCUGUUCUCUCCCCCCCCCCUGUGUUUGAGGACUAAUUCUGGCCCCUCUUCCCCGCCCCCCCACCCAUCGCCCCACUCAGUUGUGGUUCCAUUUCUGGCUGUGAUUCUCUCUCUCUAUAUAUAUGUCUAUAAAAACAGAAUUGUACGCCUGAA